AUGUCCAUCAACACCAUCUCCCCUUCCACGGGCAAAUCCAUCUUCGCCCACCCUGGGGUCUUCCCCGCUGACCUCCCCGCCAUUCUUACCACCGCGUCUGACGCUUUCACGACGUACCGCAAGACGACACUCGCGCAGCGCAAGACAUGGAUCCUCGCGGCACUGGAACAUCUGGCGCGGAUGAAGGAGACACUGUGCGAGGAGCUCACGGCGCAGAUGGGACGACCGGCAGCCUUUGCGGGCGUGGAAAUCGAUACGAUGCGCAAGCGCGCGGACUAUAUGCUGGGGAUCGCGGAGACGGCGCUGGGGGAUAUGAAGGGUCAGGACGAGGAGGGAUUCAAGAGAUGGACGAGCCAGGAGCCGGUUGGGCCGGUCCUGAUUGUGUCGGCGUGGAAUUUCCCAUAUCUCAUUACUAUCAACACCAUCGUCCCCGCGCUCCUCGCCGGCUGCCCGGUGCUCCUCAAACCCUCGCCGCAAACACCCCUCGUCGCGGAUCGAUUCCUCGACGCAUUUGCCGCUGCCAGUCUGCCCGCCGGCGUCUUCCAGGUGCUGCACACUGGCACUCUUGAGACGGUGCAGCAGGCCGCGCAGCACCCGUCUGUGCAGCAGGUGUGCUUCACCGGCUCUACGGCGGGCGGCCUGGCGAUGAAAAAGGCAACGGUCGACAGGGUCGUGGGUGUGAACCUGGAGCUGGGUGGUAAAGACCCGGCAUAUGUCCGCGCGGACGCAGACUUGAAGUGGACGGCGGCAAAUAUUGUCGACGGCGCCGUGUUUAACUCGGGCCAGAGCUGCUGCGCGAUCGAGAGGGUCUAUGUGCAUGCGGAUGUGCACGAUGCCUUUGUGGCAGAGCUGCAGAAGGAGCUGGAGGGGUAUAAAUUGGGUGACCCGGCAGAUAAAGCGACGACGGUAGGCCCCGUCAUUUCGGCGACCGCAGUCAAGGCUAUUACAGCCCAAGUCGACGACGCCCUCAGCAAAGGCGCUGUAGAUGCCACACCCGCCAACGCCUCGUUCCAGAGCCUGCCGGCCACCGGCAGCUACGUCGCACCCCGACUACUCACCAAUGUCAAUCACUCCAUGGAUGUCAUGACGGUCGAGACGUUUGGGCCGAUCAUUCCCGUGAUGAAGGUAGGCAGCGAUGAGGAGGCUGUCGCGCUGAUGAAUGACAGCGAGUACGGCCUGACGGCGAGCAUCUGGACACGGGACGUAGCGCGGGGCGAGGAGAUUGGCGAGGACGUCGAGGCUGGCACGCUGUUUGUGAACCGCGCCGACUGUCCGAACCCGGAUCUCGCGUGGGUGGGCUGGAAGAAUUCGGGUCUUGGCUGCACGCUGGGGCCUCGUGGGUUUGAUGCGUUUGUAAAGCUGCGCAGCCACCACAUUCGCCUUACUCACGGAUAG